AUGUCAUACUACUGUGGAAUUUGCAAUAAUCUCAAUGAAGCGUCUCUAAUAUGCACAGUUGACAAUGAAAAAUUCUGCGAAAAAUGCCUUGAAUUCCACAUGAAAAAUGUUCUUAAUCUUAAUUACUAGAGUUUGGGCAGCCACCGUGUAAGGCCAUGUUCCCCUCCUGAUCCAAGCUUGCCACCUGCGAAGGAAUUCGCUAAGCCAUGCUGCUCCACCUGUCCUCUCAAGUAUCUAAGGUGGUUGCAUCUACUUAAGUCUCACUCGCUUGGACUUGCCUACAGUAUGUUCAGCUAGGUUUUUGGUCCAAAAAAUAAAAAAAAAAUUCUGGCCAGCUUUAGGCUUUGAAUGCAACUCCUAGUAUCUCGAUGGGUAUCCGCUAUAAUAGUCUAGUGGUACUUCUGCCACCUCCUCAGACAUUGAUUGGGCCAGCCUUUCAAAUAUCAUGUCCCUCCCUUCCCAAGAGGCAAUGAGCUAACUCUUAAUUGGACUUGGGCUAAGAUUCAUUACUCGCAAGCAUUUUUAUAUACUUCUGAGCUCAAAAAACCUUCUAUUGCAUGAUUAAAUAUAGCAUCUCAGCCCAUACAUAGCUUCCCUUCAAUGCUACUUCAAGCACAUAUUAAAUUAUCAUAAAAAAAUGAUCAAUUUGACGAGCAUAAAAUUCAGCCAAUUGAGUUUUAUGAAGAAGAAAAACAAAAAGAAGAACAAAGGAGCAUUGAAAACUCACAAAAAGUUUCUGAAGCUUUAAGAGACAGAAUUCUUAAAGAGCAUGGACUUCUUGAUAGCUACGUAGAAGAAAUAAAGAGUUUAUUAGUGAAAAAGCGAGAUUAUUUGCAUCAAAUAAUUGAUAACAUCAUCCAAAAACAAAUUGAAGAGUGCUAUGAAGUAAGGGAUUCUGCUAGAGUUGAAAUGGAAUUAUUGCUAAAAGAACUAUCAGUAGAUUAUUCACAUAAUAUUGAAGCCUCAGAUUUAGUUGAAAGGUUUCAGACUAUUGAAGAGACGCAUAAUCUAAAAUUUUUAGAAAUCAGAAAUGCAACUCAUAAUGAAAGCCUUGGGAAAGUUCUGAAACAGGAAUUGAAUUAUGCUUUACAGUAUUAUCCGUAUGGAAAACCUAUAUCUUUGUAUUAUUUUAAGCCUGUUUCUGACCAAUUAUCUCUUUAUAAUGGUGCAAGUAACUCUCUUAACAGUAUAGAGAUCCCUUCACAGGUAUUUAAAGAUUACCCAGCUUAUUGUAAAUUGCCUGAUGAUACUGUUCUUUAUUCUGGAGGAUGGCAAAACAACUCUUCAUGCUCAGAAGUAUUUUUAAUUGGCCUAUGGAAAAAAUUUAAUAGCCAUUGAAAUAAUAAAUAAAAACAAUAUAAUAUAAAAUAUAAUAUAAAAUGAAAAAAAAUAGUAAAAGGCAAAAAAUACAUAAUUUAUAAUUUGACCCUAGGUUCAGAGAAAUCGAAAUAAAACCAUCAUUAAAAACUGCUAGACAUCAACACUCCAUGAUCUACUAUAAUGGAGCCAUAUAUGUUUUUGGUGGCGCCACAGCUACCGGCAUCACAAAUUCUUCAGAAAAAUGAAUAAUCGGUGAUAGUGAGUGAAAACCAAAUGGAUUUAUGAACAAAUCCAAAGCCCAAAUGGGCAUCUGUGAGCUGAAAGGGAUCAUAUAUAUAUCAGGAGAAAAAGAAAUCGAAAGCUUUAACCCUGCUACAAAUGAAUUCAAAGAGCUUCCAAUUGUGAUGGAAGGACGGUUUUUAUCUGUACUUGUACCAAGACAAAAUUCUAUAUUAUAUCUAAUCACAAUAAAUAGCAGGUAGCCAUUAUCCUAUUUAUAUAUAUAAAUAGAAAAACAGCUAACCAGUAUACAAUGCAAUUAGGUAUAAUGUUCCGAGGAGGAGAUUUAAGAGAAAUUGAAAUUGAGCCAAGAUUAAUCGACUUUAUUGUGUCACCGAUUAGAAAAACUGAAUGAUGGUGCCCUACACAGCCAGUUUGGGUAGGAAGCCAAAUAUUUCUGUUUACGGAUUAUAGUAAAACUGUGUAUUGCUAUGAUAUGAGGGACAAAAAACUUUACCUUGCAAAUAACUUAAGGCAAUAA